AUGUUACGCUUGUUUAUUGCUUUUUUUCUUGUUAUGAUCUUGCGUUCCUUCGCAAGCCAGAAAAACUCUGUAAGCAAUGUAAGUUUGGUAUUUUUUUAGUUUGGUCCUUGAAAGAAUUAAUUUUGUCUGAUAUAAAAAGCAAGAUGAAAUGAAUAUACACCAAGACUGUGCUACUUUAACCAAUAAAAUUCAAUACUAAUACCUCGCGGAUUUCCUCUUGCUUAGGAAUCAAAUCAAAACCAUUACUGCAACUGUCGCGACGGUAAGCUGAAGACUUUGAAUGAAUCCUGAUUCCCUAUCUGUUCAUGUUGUUUCUAAUAUAAUUUCUCAUUUUUUCCCUAGGAAGGGACGGACGAGAUGGUCAGAACGGUAAGAUAAGACAUCGCACAUAUUAAUAAUAACCGGGCAUCUUUUCACUAACCGACACAAUGUUGACGAUUCAAGACCCAGCAGUUCCCUUUUUUCAUUAAUUAAGCCGUAAAAUACUUUCUGACCCGGUCAACCUCCCAAUUUAGUACCUAUACGUAUAUACCUGUUCACACCUUCUGCCCAUAAAUGGAAUAGUAGAUUGCUAGCAGGAAAUACUGCCAUAAGAACUUAAGCUAGUAGUACAGCUCCAUAUUACAACCGGUCGAAUUAAUCUGAGAAAAUAUAAGAAGUUCUGACUGUUGAAAAUGGAAAACUGAACGUUAUUAAAAAUAAGAGUAACGUAGUCAGAGUUGGGACUUUUUAAUUUAGAUGUUUUAAUUUAGGUGGUGUAGAAAAAUAAAUGAAGUAUUAAGUAAGAGAUCAAUGUCAGUGACGUGGCAUUCAAAAUUGUUGUCUUCUGCUUUCUUUUGCGUGAGUUCUUCACGUUCUCUUUUCUACUCAUCACCAUUAAAUAGUUUUAUUCUUUUCACACCCAAGGAAAGGAUGGACUUGAUGGAAGAGACGGGAUUAAUGCGGGAAACGGAACGAAGGUAAAAAUAUUACAAAGGAAUAACGUUUUUUCUGCCAUUACCAAAUCGAUGAUAAUUUAUUUCUGGGAACAAAGAUGGAUAAGCCAGAGGAGAACUUUAAAGAACACUCAAGUUCCCUGCAAUCCGAGAUUUCAUUUGACUCUAAAAAGCCCGCUUGUUUAACAACAGAGUCUAUUUUCUGUAGGAAAAGGGAGGGACACAGUACCACCUUAGUCUGCUCUCAUAAAUUAGUUACAAAAGAUGAAAAAUUCCGUUUAAAAUAUGACGAAGUCUCAGCGGCAAAGGCCAGUCUUAAGUAAAAGAAUUACAAAGAAGGAGAUCUGAGUCUUUAGGUUUCCUUAACCCUAGAUGGGUUUUAAGAAUAGUUAAGGACCUGUUUGUUUUUCAGGGUCAAAAAGGAGAACGUGGCUCAUCAGGAAACAACGCAGGAGGUGUAAUUAAGUUUAGCGAUACCGCUGAGAAAUGUACCGCAAGCAUCGCCGGCACUGUAAGCUACAAUACUUCCCAGAAAUCCUUGCAACUCUGUGAUGGAAGUGUUUGGCUUCCAGUGCUGACUGUUGGAAAAGGUUACACGAAGGAUAGACCCGGCCGCCAUUGCUUGGAUAUUUUAAAUUCUGGUGAGCUGAAACUGUGAUAAAUAAAAAGAAUCCAUAAGAGACUGAGGAGAUAGUUGUAGAGAUUGCUGAGAAGUAGCUGGCCUGCAAUGCAGGCGUAUAUAUUGGGGCGAGUGAAAGCUACUUUAUAAAGUUUGCAAUGCCGCAGCCCGCCAUCUUUCUUAAAUAUGCCUGCUAAAGUUCAUCCUAUCAAUCAUAAUAUAUAAACAAUCAUGUAAAAUAAUAUUCAUUUUUCAGUAUAUUUAUUAUCAGGCCAAAGUCAUGGCAGUGGGCUUUACUGGAUUGAUCCAAACGGUGGCUCGACAGGUGACUCAUUCCAAGCCUUUUGCGACAUGAAAACUGAGCGUGGAGGUUGGACCCUAGUUGCCACCAAGGUCUCCCCAGGCUUCCUCCUCAUCAAAACAGUUUUCUCAGCAGUGGCUGCCGCAACUAAGAACAGAGACGCCGCAAGUCACAUACACCCAAGCAUGGGGAACUGGAAAGAGGUUAUGUUCCGUUUUGCUGACGUUGAUAACACCCGAGUCAUUUACAAUAGAAAAGCGGGCGCACCAAACAAAGACAAGGAGGAAUUCGACAAGUUCUUGAUGGGGAAGUAUAUGAAUUUGGUAAAGAACGUGAAUGGAUUUCACAAGUACAGUCCAGCAGAUAACAAAAGAAAUCCCAGCGUGGGGUUUGCCACCAUAUCCUCUUUCUGCUUCUGGUCAGCCCAUGGGAUCUCAGAAGAUCACGGUGGCACGGAUAAGUGGCUUGACAUGUGGCAUGCUGGUGACAGCUCAAACAACUACAUCUACAGCGAUAACAGCAGGGCGCUGGGCACCAAAUGUAUCGCGGGCUACUGUUAUCUGAACAAGCCAAUCUGGGUGAUGGUGCGUUAG